GUCGCCGCUAUCUUGCGCCACUUCUUCCACGUCAUGUCGGACAAGCACGCCUCCCACAUCGCCACUCAAGGGAUGCGAGUAGUCUCCAGCCACGAGGAGAAAACGGCGAUGCGCGAUCAACUUCUCCAACACGCGGUUCCCCUGGCGCGUGACCAGUACGGCUGCAUCGCGCUCAACGCAAUCCUAAACGAUGAGGCCUUUGCCUACUGCAGAGACGACCUCCGUGAUGUAGUCGCGUUCAACGCUCUCUCGCUAAGCUCAGAUCCUUACGGGAACUUUGUGGUCCAACACGUGCUACAACAGAAUAUCCCGCGUCGCAGGUAUGAGAUUGGCGUUAGGCUCCGUGGUCAGUACGUUGAGCUCUCUUCUACGAGGUAUGGAAGUCGCGUCGUGGAGUCGCUUUUGGAAAAGGGGGAGACGGGGCCUUUGGUGGUGGCAGAGCUUUUGGAGUGCGGAAGUGACACGUUGAUGAGGCUGGCGACGAGUGAGUACGGUAAUUUCGUGGUGGUAGCGGCACUUAGAGUCACGCCGGAGGAUCUGUUUAAGGGUUUCGUUAAUAAGCUCAAACCUUUUCUCCAUCUCUUGCGUAGGUCUUUUCAUGGCACCACCGUUGCAGAAAUAGUGGAGUCGGUACGUUAG